CAGGCCCGAACAUAUAGAGCCCACCAUAGGAAGGAAUUGACAAAUCCAGUAGGAAUCUCUCACGGUCACGGACAAGCGAAGAGUAAAGAAAGAAGAAAUGUUGGUGAGGAAGCUGAAACUGAAAGCGGUUAGUGGGGUCCACUUGAGAUGGAUGAGCACCGUGAUGUGUUUCGGAGAUGGCAGCCAGGGUGCCGUUGGAUCCCCAGUAGGUGUGGGACUAGACGCAUACGAACCCACACCUGUUACCGCUCUUCCUUCCGACAUCGUUAGCGUCCACGCCGGACACUACCAUUCCCUCGCCCUCACUUCCCACGGCCACCUCUGGGCCUGGGGCAGAAACAACGAGGCCCAACUUGGCCGCGGCCCAUCCUCUAGAGAAUCAUGGCAUGAGCCAGAAAGAGUGAAGGGAUUGUUAGAGAAUGUGAACGUGUGUGGUGCUUUUGCGUCGGGCGUUGUUUCCGCUGCCCUUGGGGAUGAUGGUUCCGUGUGGGUCUGGGGGAAGUCCAAACGCGGUCAACUUGGUCUUGGUCAACAUAUCACCGAGGCUGUUGUGCCUACUAAACUUGAAGCACUUUCUCGGGAAAACGUAGCCAAGGUCGCGUUUGGAUGGGGGCAUGCUCUAGCUCGUACUUCGGAUGGCAAGUUGUUUGGAUGGGGCUAUUCAGCGGACGGUAGAAUAGGGAAAAUGGGGAAUAAUCACUUCCAGACAUCUCCGUUGGAAUCUGAGUCUCCAAAUAACUCACAACUCUCGACUUCAGACCUGGAAGCUGCUGAAAAGAGAGUCUUGCAAGGAAUUGAACAGGAGAAUAACAUGCCGAUAGUAUGGGAACCCCGCUUGGUCGAAGAGUUACGCGGUGUUCAUGUUUUAGACAUUGCAUGUGGCCUUGAUCAUUCUCUGGUUCUUUGCCGUGAUGGUGUGCUCUUGAGCUGUGGGAGCAACGUGUAUGGUCAGUUGGGGCGAGCUAAAAUAGAUUUGGGAGUUUUCCCCGUUGAAAUGAGCUUCAGUCCCGUUUUUAUAGCAGCAGGGCUUGGGCAUUCAUUGGCAAUAUGCCAGUUCGGUGAAUCAGAUGUUAGUGUGGGGACUACAAACAUUGCUUCAUGGGGAUGGAACCUGAGUUCUCAGCUUGGGAGGCCCGGGGAUGGAAAACUACCCUCUUUGAUUGAUGCAUUGGAUGGGGAAAACCCUGUCUCGGUUUCGGCAGGGCGUGCACAUUCCCUUGCUCUCACGUCCAAAGGGGAAUUGUGGGUCUGGGGCUCUGGUAAAAGUGGAAGACUUGGGUUAGGAAGUUCUGUUAACCAAGUGGAGCCAUCUUGCAUUGAUUCCUUGGAGGCUUUUCAAAUUUUACAGGCCGUGUCUGGGUUUGAUCAUAAUCUGGUUCUGGUUGCGGGCUGAUUUCGCUUCAACAAAUACCUUGCUUUGUGGGGGGGGGGGGGGGGGGGGGGAAAGGAAAGGAAAAACAGAAAAGAGUCUCUUAAGUUUGAACUUCAAGUUGGACUGCUGGAGUGAAGUCUAUCUCUGACUAUAAAUAAAUCUAAGCACUCUCUUGUUCCAAAUGUUAUGCCUUUUUUUCUCUUUCUUGGAGGUUUUGUAUGUAUUCUAAGCUUAAACUUCAUCGUGGAGUUUCAUCCAAACACUUGAAACUCGCAUAGUUUUCUUGAUAAGUAGUUUGAUCUAUAUUAUGAAGUGCUUUAAAUAAUGUAUAAAGGGGAGGGAAGUAAGAUCGUUACGAGAUUAACAGGGUUCUUUGUUUUUUAGUUGUCUA